AUGGUUACGUGCUCUGGGUGUGAGACCAAAAGACUGAGCCCCCUUAAUGAUGCAUGUCUGGAGGAGUGCCCUGCCGGCACAUAUCCCGAUAAUCGUGACAGUACCGGCAUUUGCGCUUCCUGUCACAAUACAUGCGCAAGCUGUAGUACUAACGCAGAAACGUCGUGCACGGCCUGCUAUCCAGGGUAUGUGUUGAAUCGGUCGUCUGGUGACACAGGAACGUGCAUAAAAGAGUGCACGGGAGACUUUAUGGCCCACUGCAAGGCCGACGGCUGCUCACUGAACGUCGGAGGCUCGAAGUACUGCGAUCAGUGCGAGGAUGGGUACGCCCCAGUCGACGGCGUUUGCACUAAGGUGGCCAGCACAACGAGAGAUGCCUCCGGAUGUAAGGCAAGUGGCGGGAAAUGCACUGAGUGUGGGGCAAACUACGCUCUGUUAUCGGGCGGAUGCUACAAUACAAAUAAGGUCCCCGGUAACUCUGUAUGCACGUUAUCCGUAGGCGGAAAGUGUACUAUGUGCGUAGCAAGUGGAGCAGAUCCCAAAGGACAAGCCUGUCCUACAUGCCCUGAUGGUUGUUUGAAGUGUACUGGUAACGUCGGUUCUCAGACCUGUUCUGUCUGCCUUUCUGGAUAUUAUCUUUCUACUAAUAAGUGCUUUAGGUGUACAGCAGGUGACGGAGCUAGUGCCAACGCAAUCACUGGUGUAGAGAACUGCAUAAGCUGUGCCCCUCCAACUGGUGGCAAUGGCGGCUCUGUUACUUGCUAUGUCAAGAAUGAUGACAGCACUGGCGACAACACCGGUGGAAGCACGAAUAAGAGCGGGCUCUCCACAGGCGCCAUCGCCGGCAUCGCUGUUGCAGCCGUCGUCGUUGUCGGGGGUCUCGUCGGGUUCCUCUGCUGGUGGUUCAUUGGCCGCAGAAAAGCAUAA